GACAGACUCCCACCUCAAUUUUUUUUUGUUUUGUUUUACCGGCUAUUUUAUUCCUGAGAUUCAAUUUAUUAUGAUCAAUACUCCUUUAACUCUCAACGUAUAUUUAAACUACUUUUAUUAAUAUUAAACAUACAGCUAGCAGAAUAUUCUAAGGUUAUUGCCACUUUCACCUGGUUUUUCCUUCCAGUCUUCAAGACGAGUCAGCGAUGAACAAGUUACUUAUUCCUUCAUCUCCCAAUUGGUUCCUGUCCGAUAUUCUUGCCUGUGCCCCAGAUAAUACGGUAAUAUGCGGCUCUAGACAGGAUUUGGUUAUUAUAAAACCAACUGAAGACAACAUCCCAGAUGAUAUUUGUUGUAUCGGUAAAGCACAUUCUACCAAAAUUAUAUCCGUGGGUAUAAAUAGAAAUUGGGGACAACCUCAUAAAUAUGCAGUAUCUCUUUCUGAAAACGCCAUUAUAAAGCUCUGGGAUAUAGAAACUUUGGAAAAAAAGUCCUCCCAUAAUAGACAUUUUUUUACAGACACAAAAUCCAAAGUGAUUGGAGCUUGCUUCGCGGGUGACGAUAGGAUAAUAAGUGCCGAAGAUACCGGUACAAUUAUCGUUUGGAAUUUCAUUAAACAUGAAACGAAUGUUAUUAAAUCACUUUUCUCCAAAAUUACAUUGACGUGUUUGUCUGUGUGUCCCUUUGCCACUUGGUUAGUUGCCUUCGGCUUAAAGAGUGGUUUGGUUAUAGUGACUGAUCUAAGAAAAACUGGUAAGAUACUUUACACAUUAAGAGGUCAUGCUAAAGAAGUAAUAUCUCUGGCAUGGUGCCCUGCCCCUGUGAAUGUCUUUCCACUUAAACCAAACAAUAAAGUUGUCGAGAAGCAGCAGGCACAUUUAGAGCUGAAGGAGGAAUCCUCAAGUGUGAACCACUCACAAAUGGAUAUUAAAAGUCCAGAAAAUUCGGAUGAAAAUGAAUUAUUUUUCAGCCCUAAGGCGUUUCCAAACGAGAAUAGAAGAAAACAAAAAUCCCCUAAAAAAGAGCCGCUUGCAGAGGUUGAACCUUUGCCAAUUGAUGGAUUUCAAAAAGCGAAAUCUGGUGACGUAGUGUCUCCCAAACAUUUAGCAAAAAGAAACGAAUUCAAACUAGAUAAUCUUCUGAUGAAAACCCCUGACAAUGACAAAUCAACAAUUAAAAAAGUCGAAUGUCAAAUAAUAGAGCAUCCUAUUUCGGGAGCUAGUAAUUUAGAUAAUUCAGCUUCAGGUGAUGAAAGCAAGCCUUUCUCAUCUGCUAGUAGCUGUGGAAAUUCAACUUGUUCUAAAAAAUCAGAAGCGUUCUUCACUCCAGGAGAAUCUGAAGGUGCUGGCAACCUGUCAGAUACCAACGAAGUUUUUCAUGAUGCAACUAAUGCGAUAGUUAAGGAUGUUGACAAGGGUGAUUCCGAGGAGCAUGUAGAGAAUUGGAGGGUUAAGGAAGCAUAUGUUGAACCUGAAGAAGAAGAACCAAGGAAAGAAUUUUUGUUGGCAUCGUCUGCUAGAGAACCAAACAUAUACAUUUGGCGGGCCGGUACAGACGGAAGAAUGCAGACGUUCCUAACGGUACCAAAUAGGCCGAUGCCAAAAAAGCAAAAAAGCUCCUCCGAUAAAUUAUGGAUUACCUUAUGUUGGGUCACCCCUACGAAAUUAUUAUCCUCUUCGAGAAAUGCCGAUCUGCUUCUGUGGACUUUACCCAGACCGAUGGUUCAGGCCAAAUUCGUUCGAAAAAUCCACAGGGAUCAUUGGUCCGUUUUGUUCAGCAUUAAAGCGCCUAUAGUCUAUUUAAACGAAUACAAUUUCUUGCAAAGUCGCGAAUUGAACGCGUGGACCACGGGGAUGGACAGGCAACUUAUCAAUACAAAUAUUGAUAAUUUAAAAAAAUUGGCUUGCUAUCCUGCCUUUGGAGGUAGCAUUAAUUGCCUCGUAGGAUCACCAUUAGAUCCAAAUAGAUUGGCAAUAGGUACAGGCGAAGGAGUUGUAAAUGUAUGGGAUUUAAGUAGAAACGAGACGAAAAAUAUAUCGUUUUCGACUUUUUACCUAAAAAUUUUGAGCUCGGUAACUGCUUUAGCCUGGCAUCCUUCUAUUGAAUCUUCACUGGCUUGGGGCACUACAGAAGGGCGGAUCGGUAUUCAGGACGUCACAAACAAAUCCAAAGGUCCCAAAGUGCUGCCGCACUUCUUUAAAUCCCAAAUUUUCAAACUUGAAUGGGGUCCUUCGACGGACAAUCCCAAAUCGAGAAAACUGUUUGCCGUUAGCGAAAGCAAAAUCGCGAUUUUCGACAUUGCGACCAACGAGAAAGUGGAUCCCGUGUUGCUAGACUUACCGGACGAUACCUCGGUGUACACCAUGGCUUGGAAGCCCGAUUACAGUAUGCUUUUAGUGUCUUCUAAAACAGGCACGCUAAUUUCAUAUACACCGGAGUUACUGAUAUCGGACAUAACAUAUAAUACGCAUAAGAUACAGUCGAUUAUUUGGCAUCCGGAUGCGGCGAGCGAUGACGCUUCCGAAUCUAAAUAUUGCAAAACGUUUGUUUCUGUUAUUAAGAACUCCGAGUUCGCCGUGUUUGACUUAAAUGUACCAAUAAAGGAUGUAAUUAAGACCACGACGUUUGAAAAUCGAGGAGCUAGAAUAAAUGAUAUCGCUUGGAGUCCUUAUAAUGGAAGUCAGUUAGUUGUUGCUGAUGAUGCAGGGGUUGCACAGAUUUACGAUAUAGAAACGAAAGUUUUAUUAUCUACUUAUAUGAAUCCAACACUUGAUCCCUUACUGUCAGUUCACUGGAGUCCAGUUGAUUCAGAUUAUGUCAUCGUAGGCACGCAGGCUCACAGGCUGGCUAUUUGGAAGAUUUCGGAAAAUCCUCCCCUGGAAGAAAAAGUACUUACCUCUCAAAGAAAUAAAAUUUCAAAAGCCCAACAGAAAGAAGUAAGUGACCAACUGAUUAAAGAGAAAGAAGAACCAAUAGUACCACCAGCGGAAUUAAAAAAACCUGCGACCGAAAAAAUUCAACUUGCGCCACUGUUUUAUGCUAUGAAGAAUAAUCCGGUAACGGAUUUAGAAAAGCUUUUGGACUUUAAACUAGGCAAACUAGCUACCGAGUCUCCUAUAUGCGAUAAUGAUGCAACUGUAGAUAUUUUAGACGUUUUCGGAAAUUCAGGUGAUAUGGUGAAAGUGUUUAAUCUCAACCAACGGACGCUUAGAAAACAAGGAAAACACCGCCAAGGGAAUAUAUUAGCGUUGUUUCAAGGUGACAUCAGUACAGUCGUUAAAGAAGCCAUUGAGCAGAGACGUGUCGAUCCUUGGAUUAUAAGUUUUUGUCCUAUGGUCUCGCCCAAACUCUGGCAAAGCGCAUGCGAAACGUAUGUCUCUCAGCUUCUAGAGGAGCCUGAGGCAGACCCAAUGGAGAUAGUCAUGUACCAGUUGGCAUGUCACCAGGUUGAGGAAGCUGUCAAGGUGCUUUGCGAUCAUCAUUUGUAUAGGGAAGCUUACUUGUUGGCUAAAGGACGAUUCGGUGGAGAGAGUCCUAUUGUCAUAGACGUGAUGAGACAGUGGGCCAAGAAUAACGUUCUAGUGGGGUGUUUUGAGUUAGCGGCAGCUUGCUACAUCUCACUGGGCAAUUACGAAGAAGCUGCCACCGUGCUCUACCGAAGAUCGAACGUACAAGUGUUGGAAUUAGCCAAAAGGUUGGCCAAAUUGUGUGAUAACCAGGAACUGCAAAAGGCCGUUACAUUUAGGCUCGACGCUUUUAAAACAGUUAGGACCGAAAAUGAGAAUGCCUCCAAACCUGAUAUUUGCCAAAAUAACGACAAAUCUAAAGAAGAAAACGAAGAAACACAGAAGGGCCAAGGUGAUGAAUCCUUAGAGAGGACCGAUAUAGAAGAAAACAGCCUUAAAAGUUAUAAUUUGAACACUUCUAACAUACCAAAUGACCAAAAGGAUCAAAUUCCGCAAAUUGAAAAUGUAGAAAAUUCAGAAUCAGAGAAUAUAUAUGAAGAUAAAACGGUUUCCGUUUCUGAUUCUUCAAAGGACAAUAGUAAAACUAUUGACGUAAAAAUUGAAGAAGCAAACCAGACGCAAGAAGUUGUAACGUUAAACGGAGCAGAAGUAAAAGGUGUCAAUGAACAUUAAAAUGUUCCUUCUAAAGAAAUUCAUUGAUAACUUUUAAUUGGAAUUUUAUUAAGUUGUUUUUGGGUAAGAUGAAUUACGAAGUUAACUGUUUCGGUUUGUUUGCUAAAAAUAAGAAAAUAUUUCUUUUAGGUAGUUAAUAAUGGAAAGAUCUGUAAUUUUUAUUAAAAAAAAAACUGAUUUAUUUUUCUUAUUACAAUUUUCUGUUACGAAAA